AGAAGAGAAGCAGAGAGAGAGAGAGAGAACUGCGGGCUCCUACCAAAAACUAUCACUCGUAUGAACGUGCGGCACUGCGGCAUGUCGAGACACGUCACACGUCACACGAGACAUGUUGGUAGGAAGGGGAGGAGGAGGAGUAGAAGAAGAGAAGAAAGAAGUGGGGAAAAAAACAGAAAACAAGAAACGAAGAAGAGAGGGGGGAGGAAAAGGAAAAGGAAGAGCAAAAAAUCAAGGGGGGAAAAAAGGAAAAGUAACUCCCAGGCAGCCUCGACGUAGCCCGCCCAAAUUGAAAAGAUGAAAGCAGUUCAAAUACAAACGGAAUAAAUGAAAUAAGAGGAAAAAAUGAAACAAAAGGAAUAC